CUCUCUCUCUAGAUGACGUGAUGCUUUUAAGUGUCCGCGGUGUAUUAUUGAUAUAUCUACGGAUCGAUUAUUCUUCUUGAUUUAUGGAUGACGUGCUCAUCUGAAGGGUUGUAACUUUCUUGAAUUGACAGAUUGCGGAGUUAUUCCUGCGUAAUGCGCGUUAUGAUGCCGUGACUCGACACGCAUCGCUGUCAUGUUAAAUAUAUCACGGUAUUUUGAUCAUUUUUGAUGUGUUUGAGAGUGCGUCAUCAGUUCAGGGCCGGAUGAAGAAACAUCAGACACAGACAGACAGGAUCCGUGUGAAGAUUCACUCAAACAUCUCACACAAGACAACACGACAUUUACACCGCUGUUGUCCUGCAGGCUUAUAAACACACACUCGAUUGUCUUAUGCAAUGAUGUCGCUCCAGAAACCUCCCCUGAGACGCAGCGCAUCAACCAUAGAAUCAACCAAUCGCAGUGCUCCUCUGUUGACCCCGCCCACUUCCCUCAAUCUACACUCGUCGCACAACCAGCAGCUCAACUGUGACACCAUUAAGGAGGGCGUGGUCAUGGUAUCCACGGAAACGCAAUGCUUGGCGCAGCCCCCGAAGAGCAGUCAAAAAUACACUCUGACCAGUAUUCAUCACGCCAUCGGCCUGAAUCAAAGCCCCGCCCCUUCUGCCCAAAGACGUGCCAAACCCGUCAAAUCUGCCUCCUCCUCGUCUCUCCACUGCUCCUCUGCCGUCCCUCUCUCGUUCUCCUCGUCCAACUCCAAACUGGCUAAAAACGGAACCAACCUUCAACUGAAGGAAGAGCGGCUAGACCUCAACAAAAACGACAAGAAUCACAACGACUUCAUGUGCAGGAGGAGCUGCGAUUGGCUGGAGGGCAAAGGCAACCAGAAGAACCCAACCAUCAGAAGAAGAACCAAGAGCUUUCUAGAAUACCAUCGAGAGGAGAAGGUGUCCGUCAGCCCCGAUAAAGACUUGGUCUCGCAGGAGGAGAAGCACCUCCUCUCCAAGCUGGAGGAGCAGACGUGGGCUAAAGAGAAUCAUGUGGAGGCGCACCUCACCCUCCCCCAAAACCACCUGCUUCUGCUGACCGGCGAAGAGGAGCUGAGCCUCAAACCGCUGGAGGUUUACCGGCGCCCCGACAACGAGCGGCCGAGAGACGACUCCACCGACUGCGUGAGCCCGGCGUACACGUUUCAUCUGAGGGGAGAGGAGGCUGACGGAUCACCCGCACCCCCCAAAAAACAGGAGGAGGAGGAGGAGGAGGAAGAUUCCAGCUGGACGACACUCUCACAGGAGACUCCAUCUGUCGAGAGUCCUCGUGACACCGCAGGUGUUUGGGAGGAAGGUUGUCAGGGGGAGCGUGUGUCACGGGAGUGUUUUUGGAAUGACACCGCACAGGGAAAGCCUUCUGAAUCCUGUGAAGUGAAGACAGACGAGGAGGUGAAGAGCGUCUGUCUGUCUGUACCGCCCCCUAGAGCUCACACUGAGAGGCCCAGCAGUAUAAUAUCAGACAGUUCAGUAGAGCCGGUUCCCUCACCAGCAGCUUCAUCACACUCUUCAUCUUCACUGUGUUAUGAGACCAUGGGACGAGCUGCUAGUGUCCUUAACAACAACUACCUGGACCCGUCAGAAGCUUCUGAGCCCAAAGAGAGAGAGAAUCAAAGAGAAGAGGUGAGAGAACAAGAGCAAGAGUGUUUGGGAGCUCACGGUGGACCGUACAGCUUCAUCAACCACAGAGCUCAAGUUCCUGCAGAUACACUCAUCCCCAUCAAUGACAUGGACACACAGGUGUUCUGGGUGAAUUAUCUGGGCUGGCUGGAGGUCGCAGAUGUUCAGGUGAUGUCCAGUAAGAGCAGCUCUGUGAUCAGUGACUGCAUUCAGCAGCUUCAGCGUGAACACGAGCACACAGGAGACGAGGGUCAAGCCAUGCUAUUGGUUCUUCAGGAUGUCACUCUUACUCUGAAGGACCCCAUCGAUCACACCCUCCUCCACUCUCUGCCAAUCAGCUGCAUGCGUGUGUGGGGAGUGGGGCGUGGCCUCAGCAGGGAUUUUGCAUAUGUGGCACAAGACAAGAACACGCGUGUGUUAAAAUGUCAUGUGUAUGAAUGUGACGGUCCAGCAGAACCCAUCGGCAGCAGUCUGACACAGAUCUGUACAAAGAUUAUGGCUGAGCGGAGGAGUUUGAGUUCUGCUGUUGAAUCUUCAUCUCACAUCACUUCUGAUGUUCCUCUAAGAGUAGAGUUAUCAACACCAAAGAUGAAACUACAGCAGAGCUUCCAUGUGCUGUACCUGGGAAGCACAUCGGUGCUGAGACCUACAGGGAUGGAUAUGAUCAACAGAGCGAUCAACAGUCUGAUGUCAAGUGCAGGGAAAGAGGACUGGACCCCCGUCCUACUGAACAUCGCUGAUGCCUCCAUUACUGUUUUUAAAGAGAAGGAAGAAGAGGAGGAUGUGUUGGUGGAGUGUCGCGUACGCUUUCUCUGCUUCAUGGGUGUCGGCCGUGACGUCCACAUUUUUGCGUUCAUCAUGGACACAGGAAAGCAGCACUUUCAGUGUCACGUGUUCUGGUGUGAUCCCAAUGCUGGAGGCGUGUCCGAGGCCAUGCAGUCUGCAUGUGUGUUAAGAUAUCAGAAGUGUCUGGGGAAAAGCAGCUCUUCAGCUCCGGCCCAUGCCGACUCAGUCACGCGCCGUGUGACGUCCAGCAUGAAGCGAGGCGUUCAAUCAAUCAUAGACACUCUGAAAAAGAAACCCGCCCCUGACGUUCCACACCAAUGACAGAACAGAGGAGCGUUGAAGAACAGCCGGGGUGUGUAUGCAAGAUCAAUGUGAACCUGAACUCACAGGGAUCCGGAUGAGACUUUACACAGCGCUUUAUGAAACUCAUUUCACCUUUGAACUUUGACCUCAGUCAUGUCAGAUGCUGAAUGAAGCAUGUCUCUGCCUUACACCAUCACACACUCACAUUCUCUCUCUAUUAUUAUUAUUUUAUUAUUAUUUUGAAUGGACAUUUUCCUGGUGAGGAAAGGUUUGUGUAACGUGUUCCCAUCACUGAUGUCACAAUAUCUACAUCAUCAUCCUCAUCAUCAUCAUAAUACACCAGAGCUGAACUUUAAUAUCUGCGUCUUCAGAAAUCACAAGAUGAAUGCUUUUCCUGACCAUGAACACACUCCUUUAGUUUAAAGGUAAAAUCUUAGAUUGAUGAAUUCUGUCAUCAUUUCUUCAUCCUCAUGUCAUGUCAAACCCGUAUGAGUUUCUUUCUUCUUCAGAACACAAAGAAGAUAUUUUGAAGAAUGUUGAUAAUCAAACAACACUGAACCCCAUUGUAUGAACACGAAACCACUGGGACAUUUCUCAAAAUAUCUUUGUUUGUGUUCUACUGAAAAAAUAGAGACACAGGUUUAUAAACACACGAGAGAAUAAAUGAUGACAAAAUUGAGAUGUUUUUACACUAAUGUUGUCUACACACAUGACUCGUUCCAGUCAGAGAGUAUUUAACUGACGUCAUGUCAAGCUCCUCUGUCUUUCUAUCUUUUUUUAUGUGAAUUUGAAAUAUUUUGCUCUAUUAUCAUUACAAUAUGUGUGGAUUUUUACUUUGUUCUAUACUUGAAUCCUUUCUGAUCUUUACAUCAAACGCUGUUUGUCAGUAUGUGUCUGAUCUGGAUUUCAGUUGAAUAUGGAGAGUUUUAUUGCUGUUGAAGAUUUGUGUUUUAGGCAGAAAUGAGAUUUGAAAGAGAAACAUUUACAUGUAUUUAUUAAACAGACACUUUCAUUCAGAAGCACGUACACAUGAGAAAGAAUCGACAGCAGACGCUACGGAACAAUUGUGUAGAAUAUAUUUCACAUCUGUUUCAAAUCUAAGAAGAGCUAAAGCACAUUCAUUUAUACACCAUAUUCAUGUCAACUCUUCUCAACUUCAAAUAAACUUCAUCCAAACAAAAGUGCUCUCUCUGCUUUAUCACCGGUGUUUAGAAAGUAAAAGAUUACAAACUAAUAAUAAAUGAGCAGUUCUGUGUGUGAGCUGAAUACUUACAGACAGUAAACAACUCAUUUCUCUUCAUGCUCAUAACAAAACACAUAAACAUGUUUACAGUAAAUUGUUGGAAGAUUAUAAAAGAUACAAAUAAAAUCAAUAAGACACAUUGUUCAAAGUUCUUUUUUAUAUAUCCAGGAUAUCUUUGCAUUCUCGGUCAAACGUUUAGUAUACGGACAAAACCUGAAAGAUGUACAAGAGUUUCAUCAGAAUGACCACAAAACAAACGGCUAAAGCAAAUCUCAUUCAAAACGUUUUCAGAUCAUUCAAUUUGAUUUACAUUGUGCUUUUCACAAGUUUCAUUCUUUCAAAGCAGCGAGGAACCAACGAAGCGUUAAAUCAUAUAGAAAUAGAAGAAGUGUUGAAACCAAGACAAUACCUGUCUGGAGAAAAGUGUUGAUUCUUUUAUCUGAGGAAAAACUUAAAGAUGUUUAUGUUAUUAAGAUUGAGAUGGUGGUUAUGGUUGUGAAUUGUUUUAUUUGACACUUCCGGUUACAAGGAAAUUAUGUGGAAAACUCCAAACCUAACCUCAUUUACCACACAAUAUGAUAUUACAGAUGGAAUAUUAAUAAUAUCUUGAAAUUAUCAACUGAUUCAUCUAUGAUUGUUUCUGGAGGCAACAUUUGGUGACAGAAAUAUCGAGCAAAUGAAUGAAGACAGAUGACAGAACGAACAUCUCUCAAUAAAACAACAACCCCUGAUGAGUAGGAAUCCAUUAAUGAACACAUAACUCUGUUUUUAAAAACAUUUAAAUAUGAUGUUUUUCUUAUUGUCUUAUCAGGCUGAAAUAUCUUGAGUUAUUAUUACUUAACUCUUACGUUUUAAAUAUGGUUAAGUUUGGUUAUCUAAUUUUGCCAAAUAUUGAAUAUUCUCUUGGGGAAACGGAAAAAGAAAAUAAUGAAGAAAUAACAUUAAUGAGAACAAAUGUGCCUGAAGAACAUUUAAUUGACAAUGAACGUUCAUAAACACAUUGGGUUCUUCUUAAAUUGUCGAAGCAUUUUUAUUUAAAGUGCUAAAAUACAAGAAAUUCAAGCCACCUCUUUCAUACUCAUCAUAUUCAUGAUCACAGACUUCUGAAUAUAAUGAAUUGAAUCCUUCCAUGAACAGUUAAAGAGGUCAUGUGACACGGCUAAUAUGAAUAUUAUGGUUUGUUUUACAUGUAACUCAAUGUGUAUACAGUAUUUAAGGUUGAUAAACGCUGUAUUUUCCACACACUGUGCAUGUUUGUAUCUCCUCUGUUUAACAAAGCUCAUGGUUCUGAAAAGCGAGGUGUGCUCUGAUUGGCCAGUCAACCAGUGUGUAGUGAUUGGUGGAAUACUGCAAGCGUGUGAGGGAAAUGUAACGCCUCUGACCAUAUUUGGAACAUUAGGUUCCUCUUCAAUUGUACUGACAGGUACUCCACCUUCCUUGAGGACACAUUUGGGCGGUUUUAGUCAGAUGCAAGAAUCAGUUGGUGAGAAAUCUCCAGAUGGUCUACUGCUUCUGCUACACAUGGUGAAGACUGGCUCUGAAGAGGCUCUGAGGGAGGGUCGAUGGUCGAGGGCCGAUGCUGCACUGCAGGUAUGUGUGUCCGGGGUCUGACCGCAGCGCAGGAAGGGCGUGGCGUCUCCUCACAGAAGGCAGAACAUUCUUUGGGAAGAUGACCGGGGGAAACGUGAUGGUCGCCAGCCGCAGCACCUCCUGACGUCCUUUCAGCGGAGUAACACUGAAGGAUACUGAAGCCACACCCGGAUGCUUCAAACUCCUCUGGGAUGAUGUGGAGAAAGAGGUGGGGCUUGGGGCGGGGCCUGUCCUGGAGAAGACACCCUGAGCGGGC